AUGGUUCUGAACCGCACAGAAACACUGACUAAUGCCUCGUGGACUAAACUCAUGUCUCUGGCUUCUUGCGCUCACUCGCCAGAAUUGAAAUGGGAUCUUAAUGACUCCACAACUCGCUGGGCUUUAGCCACAGUUAUAUCCAUUGCUUGUCCCUCGACAGUUGUUUUGAACACUUUAGUCAUGGUUAUUUUAAAGAAAGAAAAAGAAUUGCAGAAAAGUUCCAACAUUUUGUUAUUUAGCCUGGCCAUUACAGAUCUUCUAGUUGGUGCGAUAUGCAUGCCGUUGGACGCAAUUAGUGAUUUGCUAAUUUUCGGUCAAGUUUCUAUUGGGAAAGGUUGUACAACAAACCUAGUCAACUUUUGGAUUUUGAAUAUUCUAGCCUCGGCUUCCCUGAUCCAUUUAGCGGUGAUCGCUUGGGAGAGAUACGUGGCGAUAAGAAAGUGGAUUAACUACAAGACCAUCUUAACUGAACGCCGCAUGAAAAAGCUGGUGGCAAUAUCUUGGUUGUCAGCGAUAGUUUUAGGCUUUUCAGCUUCUCCUCCAAAGCCAGGCUGGACCCUUCUGUACUUUCUUUACUCUAUUAAAAGCCUUUUGAAUUUGGUGACAGCAUUUGGCCUUCCUAUUGCGAUCUUUUACUUCUAUUUGAUGGUGUACCUUGGGAUACUCCAACGCAAGAAAAGUAUGAUCAACCAAACUGCCGCAGCUAGAGCUGAACUGAAACUCCAGUCCAAAGUUGCCAAGACUUGCGCCAUGAUAACUUUUACCCUGUUCAUCACUUAUGUUCAACAAAUUUUCAUUACCAUGUUGGCAUUUCUUAAAAGUCCGCCGUUCUAUAUUGUGAGUUCAGUUUUCCGUUGGUCUGACUUGAUAUUGCAGCUUAACUCUCUACUGAAUCCCCUAAUAUAUUGUUUUACACGUCAACGAUUUAGAAGUGCUGUGCUAGAACUGCUGAUAAUUAAGAAGCCUCGGGCAAUCCAGUCCACCACUGACGCUAUUCUAUUGGAGAAAAAAACAAACAGAUUCGAACCGGUUGUGAAGAAGGUUGUUCAACAACAACAACUUCGCCCAAUAAGAUCAGCUUCCUGGCAUACACACACUUUCUACUUUAAAAACGCUUAUUCAACAACAUAUCGCAACAAACCAGUUUUAAAAAGAUCUGUGUCAGCUCCAUCGUUUCUUAGCUAG